AGAUUAGCCAUGGCAGUGGCAGGCAGGAGAGGCACUACUGCAGCCUCCCCACACACCAGCAUCACCACCACAGCUUGGCCAGGCUCCCUGGACAGCUGGCUUAGCUGGAUCCCAUUACCCAAAUGGGCGCUCAUCACCGUGGCUGUGGCAGGGGCCAUUCUCCUCCUUCCCUUCCUCAUCUGCAUUGUCAAGUGCUGCUGCAGCAAGAAGAAGCCCAAGAAGAAGGAGAGAAUUGGCUUGUGUGCUGUCAGCAACUCCACCACCACCAACCUCGUCCAGCCUGAGAUGGAGGACUUGGAGUCAGAAGUAGAGCAGAAGCAGCGAGGAAAGCUGCAGUACUCCCUGGAGUACAACUUCCGCAUACAGGAGCUGAAAGUUGGUGUGAAGCAGGCAGUUGAGCUGAAGGCCAUGGACAGCGGAGGCACAUCUGACCCAUACGUGAUUGUCUACCUAACGUCCGAUGUGAGGAAGAGAUAUGAGACCAAGGUUUACCGCAAGACCCUGAACCCCAUCUUCAACGAGAGCUUCACUUUCCAGGUACCCCAGGCUGAGGUGUCUGAAUCCACACUGGUGAUGCAGGUCUAUGACUUCAAUCGCUUUGCCAAGCAUGACAUCAUUGGUGAGGUCCGACUGCCCCUGGCCAGUGUCAACCUGCAGCAUGUCAUCGAGCAGUGGAGUGACCUGGCAGUGUCCAGUAAAGUGGAGGAAGAGCAUCUGGGUGAGAUCUGCUUCUCACUGCGCUACGUCCCCAGCACUGGCAAGCUGACAGUGCUCAUCCUGGAAGCCAGGCAGCUGAAGCGGAUGGACUCUGAUGGACUCUCAGAUCCUUUUGUCAAGGUGCAUCUCAUACUGAACAGGAAGAAAUGGAAGAAAAAAAGGACAAGUGUGAAGAAAAACACCUUAAGCCCUUACUUCAAUGAGGUGUUUGUUUUUGACGUGCCUUUCAGUCAGAUCCAGAAUGUGGACGUGGUCAUCUCUGUCUGGGAUCAUGACAAAGUGACCAAGAAUGAGCCCAUCGGCAAACUCUUCCUGGGCUGCCGAGCCACAGGCAACCAGCUGCGGCACUGGUCCGACAUGCUGUCCAACCCACGCCGUCCCCUCGCCCAGUGGCACAUCCUGCAGCCCCCAGACGUGGUGGACAAAGCCCUGGGACUGAAGUCCCACCUCAAGCUGCCCCUGCACUCCAGAUAG